GAUAUAUUCAACCUGCCAUCCGUGUUCACGAACCCUCCACGCAUUACAAUUUGGUACUCUUACUGCCUGGGCGUAGGCGGGAAUGUUCACAACAGUGAUGGGCUAACUUAAUCCGGGAUCCAGGAUUUAAGAAUUCCUAUUCAAGUUUGCUCAAUGUAUCUGGACCGUUGGAGCAAGGAGAGGGUUGCUGUCAGGAAGAAGGGCUACUUCGUUUCAUUGGUAUCGUUUCAGCAGCGUCGUAAAGAUACAUGUUUUUGGUCGAGGGUUCCUGUCUUGCACAAGAGCAGUAACGGACCCAUAGAAUUGGGAUUGUUGGAAACGCCACAAUUCCGGCAAGACUUUUCUACCGAUCUGCCAGUCUGAAAUCCUGGGCGAGU